CCGCUCCCUAACCUCCCGCAGCUGCACCACCACGCCGCCCCACCGACCACGGACGAACGCUUAGCGCGCAAGUGGUGCCGAGAGGUACACUGACCGCGGAAGCCAUCGAUCGGUGUCCAUGGCCCCGACCGUCGCCACCCCUGCCACGGGCGGCGUCUCAUCGCCUGCCGUGAGCGACGUUGGAAAGGCCACGCGCUCCGUCGGGCUCGGGCUCCCCGCCCUGCCUUCAUGGCCGUCCCUGACCGGCCUCGCGUCCCACGGCCAGCCCCGUGUCUCCUCCUUCUGCAAGAGGCUGGCGAGGAACGUGGGGGCGAUGGCCGCCGGGGAGCCGGCGGCGCCGCUGGCCGACAACGCCGAGCUCACCGAGUUCAUCAGCGCAUUGAAACAAGAGUGGGAUAGGGUUGAGGACAAGUACGCGGUGACCACGCUCGCCGUCGCCGCCACGCUCGGCAUGUGGAGCGCCGGCGGAGUAGUAUCGGCAAUCGACAGGCUCCCCGUGGUUCCAGGUCUCAUGGAGGUCGUUGGCAUUGGCUACAGCGGGUAUUUUGCGUACAAGAACCUGAUAUUCAAGCCCGACAGGAAAGCGUUCUUUGCUAAGGUCAGGAACAUCUACGAGGAUAUAAUCAGCGGAUAGACGACAAAGUACUUGAACAUGCGCGUCCCAAUUGGGAGAAGCACAAAGUACUCAGACGGAGACAGUUACUGUAUUUCUGUACUAUAUACUAUAUUCCAGCAUAGAUCUAAUAUAAUCAUUACCGAAUGUAUACCUGAAUAAUAAGUUUGGACAUAUUGACAAUACAAAACUUUUGAUCUGUUUA